UUCUUUCCGCUGCAGCAGUGUGAACAGGUGGACCUUGAACUGGUAGACUUUUAAAACCGUAUGGUUCACGUCAUGAAUAAAUAAUUCAACAAAAUGAGAUAAGUACUAUUCUUUUCCACCGGAAAUUGGAUACCGAUUAAUUCUUGUACGUUCUCCUCCAAACAUAUGUUAUCCAAACUAUUAUCUCUCUAAUGCUAUCAUCAUUCAUAAAUUAUCUCAUCUAAUUUUUUGUAUUCAAUUCUCAAGGCAUAGUAAUUAAAAAAAAUUAGCGCGUUUGAUUAUCAAUCAAUAACACUAGCUACUAAAAUGGUAACCUGUUCCAAUAUUUUGGUGGUCACGAUUCUCAUCUUGGUUUCCAAUUUCAACACAGGGAUAUGGCUAGUUAAUGGCUGUAGCGGAAGGGAUUUCAGAUGUGGACCUGAUGGUCCACCAAUCCGAUUUCCCUUCCGACUUAAAGACAAAGAAACCGAACAAAGUUGCGGUUAUAAUGGCUUUGAUCUUACUUGUUCAGACACAAACAAAACUCAAAUUGAACUCCCUUCACAUUCUGGUCCAAUUAUACUCGAAGUCAUGAAAAUAAUUUAUCCACACAACCUUCUAUACUUAACUGACCCUGAAAAUUGUCUUCCUAGACAGUUUCUAAAGCUCCUUCGAUCACCAAUUUCUCCUUUUCCAUUCUAUGAGAGUCCCGGAGUCAGGUAUAAGUAUAACCUCACCAUCCUCCAUUGUAGUUCAUCACUCUGCCCGGUUAUUGUUGUUGAUUCUAGUGAUACACUCUUAAAUUCUGUUUUGGACCCAAUUGACUGCACUAAAACUUCAGAUUUUACUUCUUCAGCGUUAUACUGGGGGGUAAAUAAUAAUCUGUUGGUUUUGACAUGGUCAAAACCCAAUUGUAGCAAGUGUGAAAAAGAAGGUAAGAUGUGUAAACUUAAAAACAACGGAACUGAAGAUGGUGAGAUAGAAUGUUUUGAUCGUCAUCACAAACCAACUAAGAAGAUACUUCUAUAUGUCACAGUUGGGUUCGUGGGUUUAGUUUUGGUGACAUUGAUUCUUACAGCAUGUUUGCAUUUCUAUACCUAUUUUAAACUGAAAGGUGAAGAUGAGACUAGAAUUGAAAAGUUCUUAGAGGAUUAUAGGACGCUCAACCCUGCGAGAUUCUCAUAUACUGAUAUAAAAAGGAUUACAAAUAGUUUUAGGGAAAAGUUAGGUGAAGGAGCUCAUGGAGCAGUUUUCAAAGGUAAAUUAUCUAAUGAAAUACUUGUGGCUGUGAAGAUGCUAAACAACGCAGAGGGCGAUGGAAAAGAGUUCAUUAACGAAGUGAAAGCAAUGGGAAAAGUUCAUCACAUCAAUGUGGUUCGCUUGGUUGGAUUUUGUGCUGAUGGAUGCUAUCGUGCUCUUGUUUAUAAUUUCUUUCCGAAUGGUUCAUUACAAAACUUCAUAACCAAACCUGAUGACAUUGAUCGCUUUCUCGGUUGGGAGAAGCUACAACAAAUUGCUCUCGGCAUAGCCAAAGGUAUUGAGUAUCUUCAUAUGAGUUGUGAUCAACGAAUUCUUCACUUCGAUAUUAAUCCCCAUAAUGUAUUAUUAGACGACAAGUUUGUUCCAAAAAUUACAGAUUUUGGUUUGGCUAAAUUGUGUCCUAAAAAUCAAAGUGUAGUGUCAGUAACUGCUGCUAGAGGGACUUUGGGUUACAUUGCACCUGAAGUAUUUUCGAGAAACUUUGGAAAUGUAUCGUAUAAAGCUGACAUAUAUAGUUACGGGAUGUUACUACUUGAAAUGAUUGGAGGAAGAAAGAAUAUCGGUCAACUAUCUGAAGAAAAUUUUCAAAUUUUGUAUCCCGAAUGGAUUCAUAAUCUACUUGAAGGACAAGAUAUGCAAAUGACUAUUGAAGGAGAAGAAGAUGAUAAAAUUUUAAAGAAACUUGCAAUUGUAGGACUAUGGUGCAUUCAAUGGCACCCGAUAAAUCGUCCAUCUAUAAAAGUUGUGCUGCAAAUGUUAGAGGCUCUAGAAGAAGAGAAGUUGAUUGUGCCACCAAACCCUUUUAACUCAACAAUUUCUAGAGUUGUUGAAACCCAAACAAAAUUUUCAACCUUAGAGUUGGAAGCUAUACAUGAAUGAGAUAAGGUACAUUAAUUAGAAAAAUGUCAGGUCCUUUACAGGUCAAUGUUCGUCUUGUGCGGAGAUCUAUUUAUUGUUAAUAAUAUUUUCCGUUCCAAAAAGAAAAAAAAUAAAUGUCAGGUGUGCGAAGGUUGAUGUCUUAUAAGUAUUCAUGUUUAAUGUUAAUCUGGAUGCACUUCAAUAGUAAAUGUUGUUCUAUAUCUAUUGGACAGAA